GGACCUGCACCUAGGUGAUGUAACUCUCUUGACUGGGUCCUUUUCUAAGGAGGGCUUGCGAAUGUCUCAGGACCCAGGACCAUGUGAUGUGGCACUUCAGCCUGGAUUCUGCCCACUUAAUAAAUUGCCUAGGUGGUUUGGUGACAUUUGAAGCAUGACUCAGCAGACCUGUGGUGCUUUGACUCUCCUACUGGAACACAAUCUUCAAGUGCCCAGAGGACAGUUGAAAUUGCGACAUACAUUCGCCAAGCACCUAAGCAACGUAUAACACCUUUUUGGGAAUGCGACAGAGGGCACUUUUACAUAUCUCUGGGACCAGCGCCCAGCCGAUGUAAAAUCUUGGCCUGAAACACAGCUACAAAGAGCAUUAUGGCUUUUAUCUGGCUCUAUCAUGUAAGUGAUGUCAUUUCUUUCUACUGCCUUGGUCCUGCACUUAUGUUGCCUAGUGACACAUAACAGGAUACUGCACCCAGGUGAUGUGACUCAUUUUUGGGUGGAGUUCUGCCAAUAGAAAGAUUUGUAACAUAUCACUUCGCUGAGCACCUAGGUGAUUUUUUUUCUCUCUUGCCUGAGCCCUGACCACCAGAGAGAUUGUAACAUAUUGCUGAACUCAGCACAAAGGUGGGGUCAUUCUCCUGCAUUUUCCUGCCCAUAGGGACAGUUGUGACAUAUAUCCAGGCAAAUUGCCUAGGAGCAGUUUUUCUCCUCUCCUUCCUACGCCUGCCUUAUCCACAGAAGGAAUUUAGAUAUAUCACUGAAAUCAGCAUCCAGGUGAUGUGAAUCUUCUUCCAGAGUCCUGCCCACAAGAAGGAUUGUGACAUUUCACUGGAUCAGCACCGACUCUGAUGAUGUGACUUUCCUUUCUUCUCCCUGCCCACAGGUGAUAUUGUGCCAUAUACUUGAGAGAAGAUAAAAAUUAUAAUAACAACUCCUGUACCUAGAGCCAGAACAUUUGCAGGAUGGUGACUCUCAUCCCUGAACCUUUCCACAGGUGGUGUUGUGACAUACACCUUUGCCAAGCUCCUGAGUGAUUUAAUAAUCCUGCCUAUUUAUAGCCCAGAGAUAACAGUUUGAUAUAUACAUUGGCCAAAAACCUUGGUGAUUUGACUUCCCUGUCUUAACAGUGUCCUCAGAAGGGAUCGUAACAAAUCUCUGGACCCAUCAUCUAGGGUAUUUGACUUUUCUCUCCUGCAUGAGCCCUGCUUCCAGUGAAGAGUGUAGCAUUUCUAAGCACUGCAUUUAAAUGACAUGACCCUCUUUCCUGGGCCCUUUCAAUAGGAGGCAUUGUGACAUUUCUCUGGGCCCAUCAUUUAGGUUAUAUGACUCUCCUCUCCUGUGUGGACACUCUCCAGCAAGGACAUUAUGCCAACGACCUGGGCCUAUGACCAAAUUUUGUGGCUUUUCUGUUAUGGCCCUUCCUGCAAAUAAAAUAUUGGAACAUUUUUGGCUCAUGGUUUAGGUGAUGUGGUUUUUCUGCCCAUUUAAUAACCACAGAGAGCAUGGUAGCAUAUACCUAGGCACAACUAACAGCCAUGAUAGUGACUGUCAUAUGUGAACCCAGCCAAUAGGAGAAAUUUUGACUUUUAUAACUAGGUUUAGGAACAUAAGUGAUGUCAAUGAUCUCUUCCUGGUAAAAAUGUCACAGAAGACUACAACACUCACACAUGUUUUGUUACACCCUUGUGUUGUAUAAAGAAUGCCAUAACAGGGCCUAGCACACCGAGAAAAUUGUCAGUCUCAUAUGCAAACCCAGCUGACAGCAAGAACUUUCACCAUCAUAGACGGAUGAAGGCAACUCUUCUACAUGAAAAUAGGGCAUGUGCGGUAUUGUAAAUCUAAUUUCUAGAAUUUUAUUCCAUCAUGACUGUGAUACAAAUCUUUGUCAAGCACCAUUGUGAUUUCAUUCUUAAGACUGGUUGAAGCCUACAUAUAAAAUUUUGAGAUCUCCCAGGGCCAACCUUGAAGUGGUUUGACUCUUCUCCCUGGGCCCUGCUCUCAGUAAGAAUUUUGACAUCACUGGAUGCAGUAACCAGGUGAUGUGACUUCCUGCUUGACCCUGCCCACAUGGAGCAUUGUGACAUAUGUGUGGAACCUGCAGUUAGGGCCCAACACCUGGAUGAUGUUACUCUUCUGCCUAGGUCAUGCGUAAAGAGGGAAUUAGGGCAUAUUGCUUGGCCCAGUCCCCUAAUGAUAUGACUCUCCUGCUUGUGCCAGAGCCACAGAAGGUGAUAUUGUUCCAUUUACCCGAGACCAGAUAAAAAGCCUAAUGAUGACGCUUGUCCCCAGAGCCAGGACACGUGCAGGACAGGAUCAUUACUCUCAUCCCUGCCCCAGAUUUUCACAGGCGCUGCUUACAGAGGGCAUCAUGACAUAUUGCUUGACAAAGAACCUAAGUGAUGUUAAUAUUCUGAAUAGGUUGCUAAAAAAUGGGAAUGUGAGAAAUACCUUGCUUCAGUCCAAAGUGGGCUUGCUGACAUAUUAUGUGAAACUGUACCCGGGUGAAGUGACUCUUCUGACUAGGCCCAGCAUACAAAUGAGAUUAUGCUGUAUCACUGGUUCAGUGUCGAGGCCCAGAUCACAGAAGUAAUUGUGCCAUAUGUGGAACAAGCAGCUAAGCAAUAGAUAACAUCCAUCGUGACUCUGCCUUCAAAGGGAAAUUUUACAUAUGUCACUGGGACGAUCACCCAGA